AUGGCCAGCCUGUUGAAGUGUCCACAGCGGUUUACUCAUGAAGAGUGGACAUUCAGCAACAAUGUCAAAUACAGGAGUGCUGAAAAAGAAAGGGAAUUUUCACAGGGCUUGCAGAAUGAAUGCGACCGUUAUAUGGAUGAAGCCGAAAAACGUACGGACCGUACGUUAAAAGAUGUGGAUAAAAAAAUCGGUAAUGCCUUGGAGCCUCAACUCAAUCAAAGAAUAACUGACAUAAAGUACUGGAAAUCGGAAGUAAAUAAAAAGCUAGACGAUGUUACCGCAGAAACUGAUGCCCUUCAUUCAGCAUUUAUUCGGUUGAAGAAGGCAUUAGAUGCUACCGAAGAACCACUUCAUUUAGCACAACAGUGCAUCCUAACACGAGAAGGACGCUCUGGGAUCGACCUGGUCCAUGACGAUGCACAAAAGGAACUGUGCAAAGAAGUUGAGGUAUACAAGGGCGUGCAAGCCCUUUUGCAGAAGACCUUGGAACAAACAAAGGAACAGCUCAGACUUAAUCGGAAAGCCAUUUAUAACUUGAAGAAGGAUGCCGGCGACAAACUUAGCGCACAACAUAUUGAUGAAUAUGCUCUGAGUCUCAAGAGCACAGACGAGUCGCUUCCGGGGUUGAAAAAAGAAUGGCAACAUUUCUCACACAACACCAUUCAGGCUGGAGACAAGCAGCUUCAAAACUCCCAACAACUUCGGAGCAUUAUUGAUGGAAUUUUACAGCAAAUCGCGUCAGAUCAGAAAAGGCAAGUGGAGGCUACAAAUCGGGCGCUGAAAAAACGUAUUACCGAGACCAGAGAUGCUAAGGGCAAACUUGAAGAACAUUUGUCUAGGGUUCUGGAAGAAAUUUCAAAAAUGGAAGACAUGAUAUCAGAAAUAAAUAAAUCCAUCAAAGAUAAAGAGGGAGCUCUUCGCCUUGCCGGUACACGGAUCGAUUUGAGGAAAGUUCGUCCAAACAUCGAAUUGUGCAGAGAUGCCGCUGAAUACAGACUUAUACAAGAAGUCGAAGAAAUUACAACUGACGUCGCGGAGCUCAGACAUCGACUCAAGUUGGCUCAUGACUCACUGAAGGCUCUGUGCCGACGACAGCUGGAUUUAGAAGAGGAGAUCCAAAUCAAGGCAGCAACCCUGUUUAUUGACGAAGUCCAGUGCAUGGGGAUGCGUGAAAGUUUACAGAUCAACGCGUAUUGAAAAUUCUCCCUUUUGGCUGAGGCAGAAUCCAUUAAGCUAGUACGUAUAUCUCAGAGGUGAAACCUGUACUCUUUCAGAAUCGGAAACGUUUUCCCAACAUUGUUCCUUCUAGAUACAUACUACAAACUUGACAUCCAUAUUUAUUCAGUCAUCUGCGGGACAGCUUAGCUUUUCCAACGUCCUCAUGUAAUUCUUCAAACCUAAUUUCUUCCUUUUUGACUCAGGAAACACUCGCACCAGCCCCACAAUACAUGCUAAAAACAGCUGGAUCUAAAAGAAGACUGGUAUAGAUUUACG